CUGGCAUAAGUAGCACAUUUAAAGAUGUUUGCGGAAGUGGAGGCAGGGUAGUUUGGCACAUGCGCGGUGGCAAAGCACGGAAGGAUCCAUGUGGAGUGAGAGGCACAUUAUUGUAAAACAGAAACCUGUUCUUUGUCAGGACCAGCCAACCAGUCAGUGCCCCCAGAAGAAAAAAGCAGGCGACUCUUGUGCUUUUUGGAGUAGCAUCCGAUCCUCUCUGCCUUCCUCGACACAGCGCUACUAGUGAACGUGCCAGAAGAAAUGCCAGACUCAACAGAGGAGCUCACCAACAAGCCCUUCGCGGCCCAGUUGUCCAAUGUUUACCUCAGCAUCUUGGCACUGUUCUGCUUCAAGCUCUUUGUGAAGAUCUCCCUCAACUUGCUGACAUACUUCUACAUUAUCCGCGGGAACCGCAAAGAAGCGGCCAGGAUAUCAGCAGAGUUCUAUGAUUAUGGCCAGAAACACGGAUCCUGGGCCGACCGCUCACCGCUCCAUGACGCCGCGAGUCAAGGCCGUCUACUGGCCCUGAGGACCCUCAUUUUACAGGGUCACAAUGUGAAUGUUCUGACUAUAGACCAUGUGACGCCCCUUCAUGAGGCCUGUCUCGGAGACCAUGUCGCUUGUGCCAGAGCUCUCAUUGAUGCAGGAGCAAAUGUCAAUGCUUCUACGAUUGAUGGUGUCACCCCUCUGUUCAACGCCUGCACAGUGGGUAGUGUGGCAUGCGCGGAGAUCCUUUUGGAAAACGGAGCGAAACCCCAGAGCCUUGUUUACCAUCCAUCACCCAUCCACGAAGCUACCAGCAAAGGUCAUUACGGCUGUGUGGAGGCUCUGGUGACUUGGGGGGCAGAUGUGGACAUGGAAAUUCCUCACCUGGGCACCGCGCUCUAUACGGCCUGCGUCUGCCAAGAGCUGGAAUGUGCCAGGAAACUCCUGAGGGAAGGUGCAAAUGUCCAGAAAGGCAGAUCCCUGGAUUCGCCUCUACAUGCAGCUGCGGAGAAAGACUGCACGGCCGUGGUGAAGCUGCUGCUGGACUUUGGUGCGGACAUCAACGCCAGGAACACAGAGUUUCAAAGGCCAGUCGACGUGGCUCCACCCAGCAGUCUAACGGAGGGUUUCCUGAUGCUCUACGAAGCUACACCACGACUCCUGAGCCAGGUGUGUCGCCAGUGCAUCAGGAAAUGUGUCGGCCGAGAUCGACUCCACCUCAUCUCCCACCUCCCCCUGCCCAACAGGCUCAGGAACUUCCUGCAGUACCAAUGACAGGCAGGAAAACAGCAUUUUCUGCCUCGGUGGGACUUUAAAAAAAAGAAAAGAAAAACAAUGCCUUUGACACAGAACCAGCACUUCAACCCACGUGAACUCCUCCAACCUUUUAUUUUAGCUGCUCCUCGGUGCAAUGCAGUGCAAUAGACUGUGUAAAAAAAGGAUGAUCAUAGUCUUCUGGUUGCAAAACAAACUCGAAACAUUUGCUAUUUGACCAGCAACAAAACUGACAUCAUGUUCUAUUGAAGAAGACCUGAAACAGGUCACAGAGACAAAGAGUUAAUUCCUCAGGAACACGUUUACUGAUAUUAUAGACGUGGAGUUCUUUUUCACAACCAGCAGCGUUGCCCCCUGGUGGCUAACUGCUCCUUGCAUCCUACUUCCGAGGGCUUCACGUUUCAAAACCGGAAGGCUGCAUCUAUUUUUACAUACGGUCUAUGUGCACCAAGUCGCUGACAGCACCAACGCAUAUUAAUACACACACAGUUGUACUUGCUAUACACAGAUUUGCAGUGUUUAGAAGAUACAGGUAAGAGUGAAGCACUUUGAAAAAAAAAAUACUCUAUAGCCUAUACUGAUUUAUAAUGAAUGAAUCCUAUGUUUUGCAUUGCACACAAGUGAAUGAUUAAAGUUGUUUUUAAAUUG